AUGGCAACUGCGCCGCAAGAACCACCGAGCCCGUCCGCCUCAUCCGUAUUCCUUCCUCUCGGCCGCCGCACGCGUCGGGACUCAAAGGCUUCUAUCACACCGGAUUUGGAUCAAGAUGCUCUGAACGAGGCGCUAAACACUAUCCACUCCGCGGCUUCUCAGUCCCAAGUCCUUACGGUCUUCAAUGAGUAUACCGAACCGCCUAGUUCUGCGUCGAAAGGUGAGAACAAGACAUUAACGGGUGAUCUUCAAGGAGGACUGUCGGGUCUAUACAAUAAGCUGAAGGCAACUGUGGGAGUGUCCAAAGAGCAAGAGUCGAGGGAUGUUUCGUCAACAUCUGGACCUAGUCUGGAACGUCCGACCUCGAAAACGAGUUCCAAUAAAUUCUCAACCAUUCACUCGCCACGUGGUCAGUUCCAUGAUGAAGCCGAGUCACCAGAGUUGCAGGCAAUGCACGCGACGAAAAUCUCGUCCAAAGCGACGAGUAUCAGCAAAGUCUCCGUUCACUCGCCGUCUAUCAGGUCGCCAACUAGCCCGGCUCCACCUGCACAUGUCGACCCUAUGUUAACGAGCAUGACCAUCUACGCCGAUAAAGGUCCAACAGUCAGCCAUUCCCGCAGUGGAUCUACCUUUGAACAGGCAGAAGAUCUUGCCCCCAAUUCACCUCGAGCGCAGGAAGCAGAUGGAAGUGCUAGCAUGGUUCGAGAAACUCGCAAGGAAACGGUCGAUCGGGUUCCGCACGAGCCUCGGGUUCAAUCCCCGAUGCAUGUUCCAAGUAUGCCGAUGAACGCUGGUGCAGUUGUAUCCAACAGCCACAUGAGGACUUUAUCAGAGGCUUCCACUGAUGCCCGUGUCCUUGCGGCGCCAGCUUCACCAAUCAUUGUUCAGGACGACAGGCCUGUGCAUCGUCCAAGCGAGGGACGGCAAGAACGCUUGGUCUCGAAAUCGCAGAAUGCCAAGGCAAGCCCGCUGCAUCUUCUGGGUACCCAUGCCGAGAGGUCAAAGAGUCCAGCUGCGGUGAAGGCUACUUUGAAUCACGAUGGAGCGCAGCCAACAAUCACGCUAUCGCAGAGCGGGUCGCAACAUACUGCGCGAGUCCCCCAAUCUCGGCUUCCCGGCUUUGCAACCUCGCAGGCCUCAUCUACAGAUUCGGGGCCCACGCGGUCGAGCCAGCUUGGAGGGGAAGGCAGACUCGAUGGGACUCCCGAGGAACAUAAUGCAGAACAUUUCACAAGACCUGUCAACAAGCUCCGCAGCAAACUGCUUAAUCGGGAGUUCUGGAUGCGGGAUGAGAACGCGCGUGAUUGCUUUCAUUGUGGCGAGCCGUUUACAACUUUUCGAAGAAAGCAUCACUGCCGUACAUGCGGACAGAUCUUUGACAACAAAUGUACCGUGGCUGUAAGUGGUGCGCAUUUCGCAAUGAGUGGACCUGUUCGUGUCUGCAAGCCCUGCGAAGCCAUCAUCCUCUCUCACGAUGACGAUUCCUCAGACUUUUCUGAUGUUGAAAGCAUCGCCAUUCCGGAGUCGUUGACGAGGCCACGCACCCCGGACACGGCACAACUACUGCGUUCUGCGCACAGGUUCGAUGACGAUAACAUAUCCAUCAAGUCUUCUCUUGAGCAUAUGGCCAAAACGCCAACAAUGAACUUCCCCGUUAGACGUGCGUAUGAAGGAGAUGGGUCUUCCAAAGUACUCGAAUUCGAUUCCCUGGAUCGCGUUUUACCCCGGCCAAGUUCAUCCCGGUCGCUAAAACACAACCAUUCCAUCGGACACGGUCACAAGAGGCAUCAUUCACGCCAUCAACACAUACGCAGCUACAAAGCAUAUCAUGAUGAGCGGGCGCCUUUUCAGCGCCGCACGCUUGAGGACAUCAGUAAAGACCCGAAGAUGUUCCACCGUGAUAGCAUUAUCGAUCCGGACCUGGCCCAAUACCUUUCGGACGAUGCAUCAAGUGGUGAUGAACAAUCCAUCAUCGGCCCUGAAAAACUUUCAAGAAGCGUCGGCGACGGAGAGAAGGGUGCUAUGGCGGGCUUACUCGCAGCUGUUCGUAAAGGACGCUCUCGAAUGGGUGAUCGCAAUAUUGGUGGAUUUCUGAACCUCAAUCGCGACUCUGACGACGUGAGUAUCAUAAGUGCCCGCGACAGGGAUGCUGUUCGACCCUCGAGAAGACGCAAUUUGAGCGUGGCAAGCAGCAUUCACCAGCGCGCAACACCGAGGACAACUAAAGAGCGGCUUCACAUCGCUCUAAACGGAGGUAGCGCUGGUGAUGAUACGCCAUCAACUCCAAUUCAGCCGCAGCAGUUCGCCAGAGUCAAUAGAAUGAUUCGCAGCGCCUCUAUGCAUGGUCUUGGAGCUCCUGCGAUGGAACUCAACAGAGCCAGUAUUCAACAUGUGCACAAACUCCUCCAGCAACUGCUGAGAGAUGCCGAAAUGCCGAAAACUUCAAGCUGGGAAGAAGCACUGGUACCGAUUCUCCUACGAGCCACCGACGAUGUUGACCCAGAUGUGGCCGCUGGUGAUGACAUAGAUAUUCGCAACUAUGUCAAACUGAAAAAAGUGCCAGGCGGACGCCCGGGCGAUACGUCUUACAUCUCAGGCCUCAUCUUCACAAAAAAUGUGGCCCUCAAAAGCAUGCGUCGGCUCAUCAUGUCGCCACGAAUCCUCAUAAUUACUUUUGCCCUGGAGUACGCCCGGCAUGAGCAACACUUUAUGAGCCUGGAUCCCGUCAUCCGCCAGGAACGCGAGUAUCUGGAGAACCUGAUUGGCAGGAUAGCCACCUUGAAGCCUGAUGUCCUUCUCGCACAAAGAAAUGUUUCCGGUCUUGCCCUGGAGCUGCUCAAUGAAUCGCGUAUCGCGACCAUAUUCAAUGUGAAGCCCUCCGUCCUUGAAGCUGUGUCGAGGUGCACACGGACCAGGAUUGUCCAUUCAAUCGACAAGCUCAGCACGUCGUCAGGACAGCUUGGGACGUGUGAGUCUUUCGAGGUCAAGACUUUUGUGGCAGAAGGACGCAAGAAAAACUACAUUUAUCUCUCUGGUUGUCCUCCACAAUUGGGUUGCACCAUUGCCAUCCGCGGCGCAGAUAGGAAAAUGCUCUCGAAGAUCAAGAGAAUCACAGAGUUCAUGGUCUACGUUGUCUACAACUUAAAGCUGGAAACAUGCCUAAUGCGCGAUGAAUGGGCGAUGAUCCCGAACUCACACAGUGAGAAGGACGUGAAGCACUCGGCUAAAACGUCAAUUGGAGCACCUGUGCAAAACGACACAUCUGUUCGCCAGCCUCAAGAACAUCUGACAUCCGCGCAAGAGGGCUCGUUCAAUGCGAACGUCAUCACCUCAAGCCAGAGUGCAGAGGGCGACCUUAAGCGAUCUUCCGCAGCCCCAGCUCUAUCUUUCGACAAUCCCGAGUCUGCAGACAUCCCAGACGACGUACCUGUUCCAAUGUUUUACGAGGACAUGGUCGAGAAACACCAAACAAGGAUCCUGUCGGCGUCGCCUUUCGUCAAGUUCAUGCAACCUUACCUACUCAUGAAGGCCCGGGAGCUCGAACGUAGAGUAGCGUAUCUAAAGCGCCUUCGUGACCAGGAUAUGACUGAAGAGCAGUCUCUCGACGAAAAGUCAAAGGCUCAAAAGUUUGUCCUCAUCCAGCCCGACAUGCUCCAUGCCCCAUUAGCUGGAGCAAGCAAGAAGGUCCGAGAGAUCAUCCAUGCUGUGCAUGACUCGGAGUACGACAAGGCGUUGCAUAAUUACGAAACUCAAAAGAGACAGUGGGAGACAUAUCUGUCGGGCAACCGAAAUCUCUUCGAUCCCUAUGCUCACCAGAACAUCGUAGUACUGUUCAGUCUUGUCGCAACGGCUACAUCUGUGCCAUGUACAGGACCAGAGUUAUUAGCCUUCAAUUUCUAUGGAGAGCACGUUCAUGACGACUUUGAAGCCGAUUGCACGCUUGGGCAGUACGUCGAAGGCUUAUGUGUGGAUGCGAAGGAAGCUUGUGCGUCAAGCUCCUGUGACAAGAAAAUGUACGAGCAUCAUCGGCAAUACGUUCACGGCGAAGCGCAAAUAUCUGUGUUCGUUCAACCAUAUCCUGCAAAGAUGCGAGGACUAGAGGAAGUAAUUCUCAUGUGGAGUCAGUGCAAGAUAUGUGGUAUCGAGACCACCGUCACUCCGAUGUCCGCCAGUACGUGGAAGUACUCUUUCGGAAAAUAUCUGGAGCUUUCAUUUUGGAGCGCAGAUCUUCAUGCUCGGGCUGGCAUGUGUCCUCACGACCUGCAUAGAGAUCAUCUUCGCUUCUUUGGUUACAAAGACUAUGCGCUCCGAAUUCAUUAUGACCCUAUCGACUUGCUUGAGAUCAUAGUGCCGCGGCUUCGGGUGACCUGGAAGGUUGACAAUGAUCUACGCUUCCGCAAUGAAGUCUUUACAAGAAUCGAGCAUCGCAUUACUAGGUUCAUGGGAUCUGUGAAGUUGCGCUUGAAGAGCAUCAACGCUGAGGCAAUUCUACCUGAGAACGGCGACGCAUGCAAAGAAGAGAUUGAAAAACUGACGAAGAAAGCGAAUGAAGACCACACCAUGCUGAUUAAGCAGCUUCAAGAAAGGUACUCAAAUUCUCGACACUGGGAGAUCAUUCCUCUGAAUCGAGCGAUUCGGACAACUCAGGAAAAGGUUGCAGAAUGGGACCUUGCGUUUGCAGAAUUCGAGCAGAAUUUCUUGCCGUCAGAAAAGGAUAUCAGGCGGCUUGCAACUUUGCAGCUAAAGAAGAUUUUCUUAGAUCGAGAUGUUUCGAUAACGUCGUUGACAUCUGAUCAUGAAGGCGCCAUCACUCCACCGGUAGAGGAGGUGUUUGAUGAGAAGGAUGAAAUCAAGAGCAGCGACGAUCGACCGCUGAUGCGUAAGCGUACAACGACACUGUCUCCCGAGAAAACGCAAACCGUCCUUCAAUCGAUCUUGGAAGCACAUGCCAGUCCGCCGCAGGCAGAAAAGUCUUUAAGCAAUUUUGACAGCGAUGCCUCCAACACAACGUUGCCGAACGUUUAUGACGGCCCAAGAGGUCCAGAGGACAUGAAGCACCUGGACCUGGCCGUCCCGUCGAACGGCGAAUCGUCCCCCGCUAGCCCGGGCAUCGUGUCGUCAAUUGGCAAUAUUAGCACUCCACCUUUGCAGCAACUGAAUUUUGGUUCGGCCAAUUCUGAGGAGCCUAAGACGCCACGUCCAGAUAGGGCUAUUCAAGCACCAGUCUCACCCAUGGCUACGCCUCGAGCGAAUGCGGACAAGACUUUGGCUCCGCCGCAGCGAAGUGCCAGUAUCAAGACGUCAACACCACCAUUACUUCGGGCACUUUCGACUCCAGCAGGAUCGGUAUUAACCAGGAAGGAUAUGCCUCCUAAUGCGAGAACCGCUUCUCCCUUGAACUUUUCCAACGAAUCUGGAUCCGAUCGAGAUAAGAGCCGCGAGCAGCAAAAUCCCCCAGCCAACGACGACAAUCCACCCGAAAAAAAGCUCUCCGAACGCUUUGGGCUCACAAAGCUCAAGCACAAAGGCCAGUCCUUCAUUCCACGAGCAAUCAGCAGCAAGAAGGAUUCUCGAGUCUCCAAUUUGGCGAAGCACUUCGAGCAGCUCAGCCGAGAAUUUGAACGCGAGAGGGUGAGGGAGAGGAAACUCCGCGCUGCGCGUACCAGACAAUCGCGUGUCUACCCUCUAGCCGCCCCGAAGCCAAUCGUCGAGGUCUACAAGGAUGUCGACGAAGCUGUAGAUGAGCCACAUGACAUAGGCAUCUUCGAUUUGGACCGCAGUCCUCCAGAGGAUGAGACUGCACCUGUUGCGCAAGGCCAUCAAGAGACAGAUCCUUCUCAAACCGACGAUAAAGGCUCCCACGCAGAUGACACUCAUACCGAAGCCACCGAGACCGAGGGAGAAUUGCAACUGUCAAGCCACGCACCGUCGGACGUCGAAGAUCAGAGUGAUCUUGAGGAUGAUGGUGAACAAAUUUUCCUUCCUGAUUCGCCAGAGGAUCUACUUCGCUUGUCGCAGGAAGACCUGGAGUUCAAAGAGUUGCCGAAGCAUGAGAGGAAGUCCUUGAUGCAGAUGCUGACCACCUUCUGGGCAGAGCGUUCUUCGUCUGGAUGGGCGCCUCUGGAAUAUCCCAUGGGAGCUUCGGAACACGUCUUCGCCGACUGUGAUAUUGUUGUGCGGGAAGAUGAGCCCAGUUCAAUAAUUGCCUUUGCCUUGAACUCGGAUGACUAUCAAGAGAAACUGCAUGACCUGCAAACUCGCGAGUUCCCACCUGAGAGUGAAGAAAUCUUUGGCCAUCGACAUCUUGAUGGCGAUUCUCAGGCGGAUGUGAUGCAUUCACUUCUACGUCGUGAUGGCACCCAUCUCAAAUAUCAGUUUGCAGAAGGCCCGGCGAAAAUGUUAUGCAAAAUCUUCUUCGCCGAGCAAUUCGAUGCCGUGCGGCGCAAAUGUGGUGUUCAGGAACGGAUUGUCGAGUCGCUUUCUCGCUGUCUGAAAUGGGAUAGUAAAGGUGGCAAGACCAAAUCUCUCUUCCUCAAGACGCUCGACGAUCGCUUUGUUUUGAAGUCAUUGUCACCGAUUGAGACGCAGUCUUUCCUGAAGUUUGCGCCGAACUAUUUCCAGAUCAUGUCAGAGGCCUUCUUUCACGAGCUCCCUUCCGUGAUUGCAAAGAUGCUCGGCUUCUAUCAGAUCAUCAUCAAGAACACGGCUACCGGCGUCGAGUACAACUGGUAUCUUCUGCUAAUGGAAAACCUCUUCUAUGAUCGGUCGCCAACCCGGAUAUUUGAUCUGAAAGGCAGUAUGCGCAACCGCAAGAUCAAUGCCACCGGCGAACGCAAUGAGGUGUUAUUGGACGAGAAUAUGGUGGAAUUCAUCUACGAAUCCCCGCUCUUCGCUCGAGAGCACUCGAAGAAGCUCUUGCGAUCAUCGGUGCACAACGACACGCUCUUUCUAGCGCGACAGAAUGUCAUGGACUACAGCUUGAUGAUUGCGAUUGAUGAAGUUCGCAAGGAACUUGUCGUUGGCAUCAUCGACUGCAUUCGCACUUAUACUUGGGACAAGAAACUUGAAAGCUGGAUCAAGGAUAGAGGCUUCGCAGGCGGAGGGAAGAAUCGGCCUACGGUAACAAGUCCGAAAGAGUACAAGAGGCGGUUCCGGGAGGCAAUGGGCCGGUAUGUGCUCGAGGCGCCGAAUUGCUGGCAUCAGUUCAAACCGGUCCGGUUCGAUAAGAACAGUGGCGGUAUCAAGUUAGAGCAUAGCAAGGACAAAGACGACGGUGAUGCGGUCGAGAAGGCUGACGGUGGAGAGGGUGAGAGGAUCAUAACACUCACGUGA